CCUGCCGCUCCCCGACUCUGUCCGGCCUCCGAGCUCCGCAAGAAUUCACUGAGCCCUGGGAAUGGACUCGAUCCUGGACUACAGUCCCGGGGAGGACGAGGACUUCUACGCGUUGCUGGGCUGCGACGAGCUGGCCUCGGUUGAACAGAUUUUGGCAGAAUUUAAGGCCAGAGCUCUGGAAUGCCACCCUGACAAGCACCCUGAGGACCCCAAAGCCGUGGAGACUUUCCAGAAACUUCAGAAAGCGAAGGAGACUCUGACGAGCGAGGAGAGCCGAGCCCGCUAUGACCUCUGGCGACGCAGCCAGGUGGCGAUGCCUUUCCAGCAGUGGGAGACUUUCAAGGACUCCGUGAAAACGUCGAUGCACUGGACUGUCAGAGGUAAAAAGGAUUUGAUGCUGGAAGACUCUGACGAGACACACAAGACGGAGACAGAAGGCCGGAAUGAGCGAAGACAAGCAACGGAGGACAAUCUGGGCGUGAGCGGAGAGAAGAUGGAGCCAGCAGAACUCGAGUCCCCGGGGAAGUCUCUGUCUCCACAAGACCCAGAUUCUGCAAGCUUUUCCGACACGAAUUGCUGGCAUCUUCGCUUCCGUUGGUCUGGGGAUACGCCCUCAGAGCUCCUAAGGAAAUUCAGAAACUAUGAAAUAUGAACUGUUCUUGCUUCAUAAAAGAGAGACACUAGACCAACUCCUGUGUUUGCCAAUGUGACGUCUUUGUUCAAAUCUUGAAAAAUGGCAGUUUGUCUGUCGUGUUUGUGAGACACUGAGUACAAAUUAACUGCA